AUGUAGGCAAUUUGACAGCGCGAGCGAGUUUCACGUGUUUUUGUUUUUCUUCCGCUCUCACCUGGAUUUUUCACCAAAAAACGUGAUUUUUAGCCCUUGUUUGCGAAUAAAUUGCAAAGAAACACAAUGAGGAGACUCAAAAAGUACGAUACGGGUACGGCGACACACUAUGUGACCCGGAAACAAGCACUGAAUAAGCUACAACUCAGCCUCAAUGACUUCCGGCGGUUGUGCAUCAUCAAGGGGAUUUAUCCGCGUGAACCCAAGAAUCGCCGGAAGGCUCAAAAGGGAGCUUCAGACAUCAAGAUUCUUUACCAUGCAAAGGACAUUCGGUUCCUUCUGCACGAGCCAAUUGUGUGGACACUGCGGAAGUACAAGAUUUUCAAUCGGCAAACGGGACGUGAUCGUGCGCUGAAGGACUUCCGGAAGAUGAAGAGGCGCCUCGAUCGGUAUCCGGAGCUGAAAAUUGAUCACAUUGUCAAGGAGCGCUAUCCAACAUUUAUUGAUGCAGUGCGAGAUUUGGAUGAUUGCCUGACGCUCCUCUUUCUCUUCAGCACAUUCCCAUCGUUGAAGUUUGUGCCGCGGAAUCAGUCAAAUCUCUGCCGACGCCUGACCAUUGAGUUUAUGCACGCUGUGAUUGCUGACAAGGCCCUGCGGAAGGUGUUCAUCUCCAUCAAGGGAUACUACUUUCAGGCCAAUGUGAAGGGACAACUCGUAACGUGGAUCAUCCCGCAUUACUACCCAUUCAAGGAGCAACCCAAGGAGGAAGUUGACUUCAAGGUUAUGUCAAUUUUUGUGGAAUUCUACACGAUUAUGUUGGGCUUUGUCAACUUCCGCCUCUACCACGGGCUGAAUCUUCAGUACCCGCCGCAAAUACCCUCAAGUGUCACGGAGAUUUCCGAGGAGAGUAGCCGGAAUGAGAAUCAAUUUGUCUCUGAGCGUAUUGCAGCCCUCAAUGUGGACAUCCUGAAAAUGUCCUCCUCAACCACGGAGGCGGCUGAAGAGGAAACUCUCGAUAUGGAGCUCCUCUCAUCCACUUCCGCCCAAUCGGAGAAGGUGGAACAGAUGCGUGUGGAAGCGCUGGAGGAGAAGAAGCUCAAGACUCUCUUUGAGGGCUUGAAAUUCUUCAUAAAUCGCGAAGUUCCGCGGGAACCUCUUGUCUUCAUCAUUCGCUGUUUUGGCGGUCAAGUCUCGUGGGACAAAGUUCUCUUCCCGGGGGCAACAUUUGACGAAACAGACGAGAGUAUAACGCAUCAUAUUGCCGAUAGACCCAACAUGGGGAAGCAAUUCAUCUCUCGUGACUACAUCCAGCCACAGUGGGUGUUUGACUGUGUCAAUCGACGCACCCUCCUGCCGACAAAUCUCUACUUCCUGGGCGUUGAACUACCCCCACAUCUAUCCCCUUUCACGGCGGAAAACACCGAGAACUCAUACGUUCCCCCCGAGGAAGCAGCUCUCAAUGAACCCGAAGCACCAGAAGUGGAGAAAUCAAGCGAUGAAGAGGAUGAGAGUGACGACGAAGAGGAAGAAGAGUCCGAGGAGGAAAAACCCGCAGAGAAAGCUCCGGAAAAGAAGAAAAAGAAGAAGCAGGACAAGAUAGAAAGUUCAACAGAUGCUCAGCUGGAGAAGGCCUACUGGCAGGAACGCAAAGAAGCAGAGAAGGAAGAUGCGGAGGAAAAUCCCGCAAAUGCAAAGGAGAAGAGAAAGGAAGAAUUGAAACAAAAAAUGGCAGUAAAAACGGGAAAAGUUCACCAGGAAGACGCUGCACAGGUUAAGAAACAAGAAAUUCAGGAGCAACAUUUGCACGCACGCAUGGUUAAGCCACGACACCGCAAUCUCUUCCGCAAACUCCUCAAGGAUAAGCUGCAGAAGAACAAAGAGCGACGCAUCUUGGAAAAUAAGCGUCGUCGCAUUGAUACGGAGAAACGUGACGAGCGUAAGAAGAAGCGCAAAAUUGAGGAUUGAUUGUGUGUGUAAAAGUUGAAAUUCUUUUAUUUUAUUUUAUGUUUUAUAGUCUACAUAUUAUAAACAUGAAUUAUAUACACGA